UGAAUCUCCUUACUUUGUUCUCAGUCAGCAAUUAACAUAGUAGAGGAGAAUUUACACGUUGAUCUUUUCUUGAUAGAAUGAUGUGUUAUUCCACCCGUUGUCUGGGUCAGCGGAUCAGGACAGCGACAAGUUCCAGGAAAAAACAUGACCUCUAUUUUCGACAGCAAAAUGGCGAUUGUUUUAGCAUUUAGUGACAGUAGACGGUGAAAUCAUCACUUAUCGCUUUAAAAAAUCUAAAAAGCCUUCAAGGAAAGAGAAUCUCUGUGUACAUCUGAAGCGAUGGUUGCACAAUUUGUUAAGACGUGUUUUGUGCUUAUGAAUUUAGCUGGUGGUUAUAGUUUCCUAGUGGCUGAUUCUGUGAAAAGGAGUCAUUUACAAGAUCACUUGCGAGUGCGAAGAGGAUUUCGCUCAUAUUUUUACAACUAUUUGGACGAAAUUGCCAUGGCAACGUGUGCUGCCAUUCCUAGUAACGGACCAGGCCUGAUAUAUGCUGUCAGACGGACCUGUGGAGAGAAACCCGACUGCAAGCACAUCUGUACCGACAAAAAGUUACGAGAACAAGGACCAAAGGAAGUACAUAACCUUACCUGGGAUUGUACUGAGUCUUUACACGUCUACAAAAGGCAACCUGCCCUAGCGGACAAUUAUGAUGAAUAUACAGAUUCUCACAAACUAGGCUUGGCUGUGUUUCGCCAUCAUUCUUGCACUGUGGCUGAUUGUGGUCCAAACUACUGCUGCUGUAGAGCUGUUGCACUAUGAAUGUGCCCUGACCUCAUUACAUUCUCUAUUUGUUAACUGGGGAGAUCAUUUACUAUGCAGCUUUUCUGAACCCCUAAUUUCCUACCUGGAAAAGGACGUCGAGGAAGUGAACAGAUACCAGAUUAAAUCCUAAAAAUGACUCAGAGUUAGAUAAUGGCCACACCAUAAUAAAAUAAUUUACUAUCUACGACCCUCGAUAAUUUAAUGUACUGUGCUGUUUUUAACAGCACAGAGAGUUUUCCUUAGCGCGCCACGUCAGUUACAUUUAAAAGGAACUAUACUUCACUUUGUGUUAUAUGAGGUUCCAACUGAGUCGGCAUUUUUUUAAGUCGAAUUUUAAGAAAUGCCCCAUUUUUUUCCCGUCCUUAUUGUGUAUCAAUCUGUGUCCGGCUCAUAAAUUGCUACUUCCCAUUACCAAUCAGUAAAAUUUAAGUGAGUGUCCUUCGAUCCAACUGGCUGACAAAUAUAAUUGCCAUUUAAUUGUAGAACACGACAGUGAAGCAGGUGAUUUUUUUCAGUUCUUUAUCAUCGAUAGCAGCGAGCGAUCAGCAGUAAGACACUUACAUCAAUCAGAACAUGUGAAUGCGAGAAAAGAACACUCAUAAUUCCACGUUUUGGUCUCCAAGGUAUCCUUCGUGUUC